GUGGCAGCUACCUCGCUGCUGCUCAUACCCUUUUACUUUUGAGCUUUAGCGUUUUAUUAUAGACCAGAGGGAUCCUCAAAAGGGAAAAACGGCACCCGUCAAAGCUCAUUUUCUGAUCAGAGUCUGAAUAUACAGUACUGCGAAACUCCUCUCCAGUUCUAAUAAGAAACUCCGUUGUCUACACCGGGUGGGAGGUUUUGGAGCCCGAUCCUGCUUGGUGUUUGUGUCGUUUUUCUAACCGGCGCUUCCCGGGACACCGCGGGGACUUAAAGCAGGAAUUCGACGUGUUAAAGCCGCGUUUGUGUUUUGGGUGGGAAAGAGGAAAACCAGAGGCGAGAAUGCUGAAACUUCUCUCCAAGUUGGUUGGACCGAAAUACAUCUCCGUCGCAAGAGCAUGGGCUCCCACUCUACUUGGCUGGAGUGCUGCAGGUGGUGUGGCUGUCGUCCAUUUCACAGAUUGGCGGCUCAUUCUGGAUUACGUGCCCUACAUUAAUGGCAAAUUCAAAAAGGACGAGUAGUCUUGCUUUACAGCAUGGAAAUGAGAUUACGGAGCAGUUGGCACAUUUGGCCAGUAGAACUGUGACUCCAGUCCUAAGCAGUGAAGAUGGAUUAGCUCCCAGAUGGUGGCACACGAUUUGGCCAAAUUUCCGAGCACAGAGAAUUCACCUAUACUCUUUUAUGCUCUGUUAUGAGCUGCUCACUGCAACUCCUUGAAGCAAUUAGAAAAAUUAAAGGUUUACUGACCUCUAAUGAAAAUUGUUAAUAGGUAUUUUCAUGCAACAAAAUCAAUGCUGACAGAACCUCUGUUUGGCGAGUUACUGCUCACAGCAUAUGAUUUUGAACAUUUAUUUGACAUAUUUUACAUGUACGGUUCUAAUGCUGAAUUUCUUAAAUGCAAUGCUUUACCAGUUAAAAAAUAGAAAGAUUUACAUGCUGUUUGGGUUUGUUGUUAAAGGAAAUAUGGCUGAUUAAUUGUUGAGUACUUUUUAGAAGCAAUCCAUGUUAUAAUUACAAUUGUAUGUUCAUUUUGUGGCUUUAAUUGAACAUUACACUUACUGCACUUCUGUGUUUUGAGCUCAUGCAACAAAUGGUGUACUUGUGUGUAAGUAAGGCUCCCAGGUCCAUAUGAAUUGCCUUUCUGCACAGGGCUGUGACCUGAGAACCUGUGCUGAGAGCCUGUGGUGAGUAGGUCACUUAUUCUGUGUUUUGCUUUGGCACAGUCUGUCUGAACCUUUAAAAGGAGCAGAAAUGUUCCUGAUUAAGUGCAGUUUCUAUGUGCGGGUUUGAAUAAAAGUCGAUUUUUGCAAUCACCCAAAAAAAUCAUAAAGGCUUGAUUUUGUUGU